AUGACAUCCAAACUCAUCGCCAUAAUCGCCGGCGUCGGCCCUGGAACCGGUGCCUCCGUCGCCCGCAAAUUCUCCUCCCAUUACCCCGUCGUACUCCUCGCCCGCAAACCAGAAAACUACGAGCCUCUUGCCCAGGAAAUCAAUGGAGCUGGUGGCAGGGCAAUCGGUAUCAGCACCGAUGUAUCCUCCGCCUCGAGCCUAGCAUCCGCCGUAUCCGCCAUCAAGCAAGAAUUUGGCCAGGAUGUAGCUGCCGCAGCAGCAAUUUUCAACGCCUCAGGCCCAUUUAUGCGGAAACCGUUUCUCGAGAUUCCUGCUGAGACGUUCGAGGGAAGCUUGGGCGUAAGUGCCAUGGGUGGAAUCCUCUUCUCACAGUCCUUUCUCCCCCUACUGUUGAAGGGCGUGGAACAAAAGUCAGAACACCCACCCAGUCUGAUUUUCACAGGCGCAACGGCAAGUGUGAAGAGUAAUGCGCAAAUGGCGAGUUUUUCGACGGGCAAAUGGGCGUUGAGAGCGUUGAGUCAGAGUCUUGCGAGGGAGUUUGGACCGCAGGGCGUGCAUGUUGCGCAUGCGAUUAUUGAUGGGGUUAUUGAUAUUCCGAGGACGAGGGAGUGGUUGAAGGAUAUGCCCAAGGAGGCAAAGUUGAGCGCUGAUGCCACAAAAGUCAUGCCUGGACUCGGCAACUCCUGCUGGGCUACUGAGCCGUCCUCGAAGUCGUCUUGGACGGACGUGAAGACGCCCGACGAGGCUGAGAACAUCGCUGUUCCAUCUUUCGGUUUCAGUUUCCCAUCUUUUACCAAGAAGUCAGCUCUGACCGCGCGCUCCUUUGUUGUCUUGUCUUUGUCAGAAUCCAGGUCAGUCGAGAUGAAGGAGCCCACAAUCAAGGUCGAUGCCAGCCCUAGCCAAGAUCUUGCCAAGGUCAAGACGGCUACUCGAAGAAGGAAAUUCAUCGCCAAAAUUCGCGCACCGCCUGAGCUGGGCGCCGUCGCGCAUCCUCCCAUGACUGGAGAGAAUGCACCGCGGCUAACUGCAGUGCCUACCUACUCACAACAACGACCGCCCCAACGGCCACCAUCUCCUCCCGGACAGCACCAGCAACUUCAAUCUCCCCUAACCCAGCUAUCUCCGUCCACAGUCAAGGCGUCUCCGCAGCAGACUCCGGGUCCCCUUGAUGCCAGCGGCGGCAGUGCUGAGCUUUCCGGAAAACGAGGCAUGCGCUCGCAGAUUGCAUGCACCAGAUGUCGCCGAAGCAAGACCAAAUGCGAAAACACGGGUCAAGGUACGACGUGCAAGGCUUGCGCAAACACCAACCGUGACUGUACCUGGGACCACGCAGCUGUCGCGAGCACUACCGGGUCGGUGCGUCGUGACAGCACUGCCGACUUUGAUGCCCCGCCUAAGAAGCGGCGCAAGUUGCUAGCACCCACAUCGAGUACAGCACAACGCUCAGUAGAAGGCUUAGGCACAUAUGAGGACGCUCUCCAAUCGCCCCUGCUUACGCCGCAGGUCUGGGAGGAGUUAUUUGAUAUUUACGACAAGCACUUCUCUACUGACUUUCCCUUCUUACACAAGAGGACUUUCUUGAGCUCAGUACAACAACCACAAUCUACCGACAGCUCAUCUGAUGCCAAGACUCCGACCCAGGCUCAAACGCCUCAGAUAUAUCCCCCUUUAUUGCUAGCCUUCCUUACUCAGACUGCUCGCUUCCACGACAAGCUCGUGCAGCAGACAGGAAAUGACCCUAUCAAGACUGCUGAGUUCUAUGCCCAGGCUACGCGCACUCAGAUGGGUACGGAAAUCUUCGGCUUUCCAACUCUUGAGAAAAUUCAAACACUGCUCAUGCUGGGCUACUAUGAAUGGACUAACUUGCAAGGUACCGAGGGCUGGAUAAAGAUUGGUCUUGCUAUUAGAUGCGCCAUAUGCCUAGGUUACCCGCAUCUAGAUGUGGAUGACAAGGGGCUGCCUGCACCACUGAGAGAUUGUGAGAAGGGUCUCUCUGAGAAGGAUCAAUUUAUUCUUCGCGAAACCCAGCGCCGUACCUUUUGGAGUUGUUGCCUCAUGGAUUGCUAUCUGAGCUGGGGAGAGGAUCGACCAAGGAUGCUCACGCCUGACCAAUUCCAAAGAACUCAACUUGUGUGUAGCGAUGGUGCUUUCAAUUUUGGAAGGAAAGCACGGACAAGGCUGUUGGGCGAAGACGAUGCGGCAUAUGAACAACGGAGGAAAGAAUGGAAUGAGCAUACUGAGCGUCGUCGUAACGACCAUAGCGGGUCUAUUCAGGCCGAUCCACUAGACGGUGGGAAGUGGGAGAUAGGUGAGCAUGAGGCAGAACUCACAUGGUACAUCAAAGCUGUUGUGAUAUUCGGCGAAGUGUCGCAGUGGUCUUGCAAACGGGGCCGAAGACAAGAAGGCAAAACUCCGCCAUGGCGCUCAACGACAGGUUUCAAGAAAUUAGAAGAUAAACUUAAGCAGCUGAAGCGCGACCUUCCUGACCACCUCCAGCUUACCCAAGACAACACCGAGGAUCGUAUAUACAACAAACCGGGAAAAGAGUAUAUGCCCACGUCACCAUGGACAUUAACAUAUCCUCGCGGUCCGUUGGACGAGCCACUGAUUGAUGAGAAACCUCCGGAUCCGGAGUACUGGAUAAAGCAAGCCAAGGAUUGUUGGAAAGCCUGCGUCGACUUUACACAUUUACUCCAUACCAUUGAAACUUCGAGAGUUCAUAGCAAUCUAGUUCAAACACCGACGGUAGCUUUCUCUUGUUUUGCUGUAGGAAUAGGCACUAUAUACUGCCACUAUUUCCCUCACAUGGAUCCCGACAGCGUUCUUUCAUCCCGUUUGAGUCCCAGAGCCCACGAUAUCGCCAACGGCUUCCUACUUCGUAUUUUGAGUCGCUUCAAGAUGGCUCGCUCGUGGCUUGUUCAACUGGCCGAGUGGCAACGAUAUUAUCGUCGUGAAAAGAAGAAGUAUAGGGAGUUGAGUGGCCAAGUCGACGAUUCCCCAAAGAGUAACUCCAGCGACGGUAUCGCUAGCAGUGGACUGAAAGACUACGCACAAUUCUUCGAAAGAUCUCACAAGCAAUUCGGUGAUAUCUCCACCGACAAUAAUAGCCAAUGGUCCACCAAAGACAAAGAUCUUGCCGAUACCAGACUUACGCAUGACGAAGAUUCCGCAGAACGUACCCUACCUGCCAGCACCUCUCCAGUCAAGCAUGAGAUACAAGGGGUGUCUGAUGACAGAUCUAACCAACAUCCCGUAGUACAAAGUUCCUUCACUGCCGUCAAUCGGAAUGGAGUCCAAACACCUCCGGCAACCCACGCCUCGGCCUAUGGACAUCAAACAAAUACGCCAUCUUAUGAUUCGAAUCCCACCUCACGUUUUGGAGCACACACCUCCCCACCAAGCUAUCCAUCAUAUCAGUACGGUAACCCACUGCAGCAUACUAUACCUACAGCAAGAACUAGUUUUGAGACCGGUCCCAAUCACAACCAUAUAUCAGGCAAUGCAUCAGUUCCAAUACACACCGUCUAUUCAGAUUGGCAGACCGCAAGACCACACGAUUUGCAUGCGGCUAGGAUGGCGAUGGAAAUUGACGGUGCUCAAACAUUCACCAAUAGCUGGGCUGGACCAGCCAUGAUAAGCGACAACGACCAGUCUUAUGACUGGGGGGGAGCUAUGAACUUCACGAAUUUCCCGACCAACACUGCGUCCUAUUACCCCUCAAGUGCUCCAAACUACUCAUAUCCGCCACAGUAG